AUGGCGAGUUACUGCCUGCGGUACCAUCGUGUCCAGAGCGCCCUGACCCAGCAGAGCUCAGAGCUGCAGGACACACGGAUGCUGACGGAGUUCCUGGAGCGUGUGGAGCUGGAGGAGAGCCAGGACGGCUGCCGGUACAGCCUGGGCCAGCCUCUCCACGGUGAGAUUACCUCUGCUCCUUCAUUGCUGGGACUCCAGAGCAGUGGUGGCGGUGGUGGUGGGGAGCCCCUGCUAGAAACCAUGGGGGACCCUGUGGAAGAACUGCGUGAGGCCGUAGAGAUGCUGAACGACACUGUGAGGGAAAGAGGGCGAUCGCAGAGCCACGACCAAGCCAUCCAGGACCUGCUGAGCAAGCACGCCGGGCUCGCUGUGCGCUUGGAGGAGUGCUUGUGCUGCGGCAAGGAGCUCGGCCUGGACAUCCUGGAGAGGGAGACGGACUUGGCCAUCCAGUGCGAGCCAGAGCGCUGCGGCCUGGAGGCUCUGCAGGAGAGGCAGGACCACCUGGAGAUUGACUAUGAAGUCAUGAGGGAGGAGGUGAAGGAGAUGGAGAACCUGGCCUCGCGGUUGGAGGAGCUGUGUCCAGAGAGAGUGCACGUACUCGGGGCAAAGAUCCAGGCCACGCUGCAGGCCUGGGCCGAGCUGGGAAGGAGCGUCGCGGAGAACAAAUCCCGGCUGCAGGAGUUCGUGCAGCUCCAGGACUUCUUCAGGAGCUACCUCGCCAUGAUCUCAUGGACAGAAGACACCAGGUCGUGCAUUUUCUCAGACACCGCCUUGCAUCCUGGGAAGGACGGGCAGAGGCCCCUGGCUGCAGAGCUGGACAUGCAGAUUGAGCUGAAGUUUGAGGAGUUUGAUGAGCUGGCGGCCGCAGGGAGGAACCUUUUAGACAGAGAACACCACCUCACACAGAUGGUGAGGGAGCGGUUGGAGGAGCUGAGGAGCAUGCUCGGGUGGAUCCUGGUGCACUGGAGGGCUCAGAAACAGCAGUGGCUUCACAAGAAGAGCAGACAGGAGCUUUCACAAGACAACAUUUAUUCUGAGGCGACAAUGUGCUCCACAUUAUCAGAGCUUCCUAAACAGAUUUCAGCUCCUGAGCUACAAGCCUACGAGUCCCAUCAGCCCUCGCUCGUUACCUCCGAAGACGACAGGUCAGGGGACAGCCGACCCUCGUCCCUCGUCCCCAGACAAACUGAGCAACAAGAGGAGGAGCAGUUAGAGGAUGGGUAUGAGGUCAUGAACAGUAUUGGACCACGGGGAGGUGAGGCCUCCCUCUCAGAGUCUCCCAAACCCUCUAUCUUGGUCCUCAAAGAGCCCAGCAGCCCCGCUCUCGGGGGCACGGUCAACCUCAUCCUGAGCUUUGGUAACACAGGGGACAGCCAUGUUCAGGUGCUGGAGCCACCUGCUGGGACAGAGGAGGUGGAGGGGAACACGUCUGAGCCUGUGCACAGGGUCAGUACCUACUUGCAUGUCAAGGAUAACAACUUGGCUGCGGCCCCUGUGUAUGAGAGUAUCACCUUGCCCCGCCAAAAGAGCCGCUCCGAAGCCUCAGCCUCCCCAGCUUUCCUGCCAUCCUCAUCCUCCUCGCUGCCUUCCUCGGCGUCCGCCCCUCAGACGACCAACCUGACCUUCCGCCGCUCGACGGGGAGCGGCAGCGGCUUCCUGUUCAGCAGCCUCAAGAGAAUGGGCAAGAAGAGAAAGCGGAAGAAAGACGCUCGCAGACACACCAUCCAGAAAAUCAUGGGAGUGGAGGCGCAAACGGACGAGGCGGCUCAAUACGGGUGCGAUACCAUGACUUACGACACACACACGUGGCCGCUGAAGGAAAACAGGAGGAAGAGGAGUUCCCCAAAGAGCCCAGCCGGUGGGAAUGGAGUAGAAGCUAUAGACUAUAUGAAGAAUCCUCUGUUGAAGGACAUUGAUACAGAGUGUUCAGGCGAAUACAGCACCAUUCAAUAUGUCGUAUCAGAGGGGCCAAACCCGCUAUCCUCCACAAGUCAGGUGAGGAGCCACUGCAGAUUCCUCUCCUUGGGCUCUGUGCUGAGCUUUGACCUGCCCAAGGACAUGACUCUCAUCCCCAGCAUCCAGGACAUCAUUACAAUUGCACCCCCUGAGUCCAAAAAAGGAGCAGGGACUGAUCCGGACCCCCACUCUCAGAGACACUCAGCCCUGAGCUCCUUCAAACAGACUCGUCCCACUGCUGCCAUCACACACGGCUCCACAGAGGUCAGCUUUUCUGAAACUCAGACUCCGACCCCUGUAGUGAAGGCUCCGUCUGAUGCGGACAAGAGUUCCCAACCCUCACCUCCUCUUUCCCUGCGAGAAGAUGAGGUUCAAGCCAAACCAUGCAAAAUCCAGUGCUGUCUGCGCAAGGCUGCAGAGCAGGAUGGGGACAGGGAGGGGACCAGUCAGCCCUCCGAUCUCCCUAUUUAUGUGAAUCAAGCCAAAAGUACAGCUGCAAACAAACAUGAGUGCCUCAGUGUCCACACGCUCAUUAGAGACCUGAAUGGACACCAGUAUCACAAAUGUGCAAGACCCCACAGUGUGCGUGAAGUGAGCCCAGGGCUUCAGUGCCUGAGCCGAGCUUCUCACAUGGUGGUGAAUCUAAAGUCAACAGUGAGCGUGAGCGUUCAUCAGGACUCGGUAGAUUCUGGGAUCUCCACGCCCCCCCGCAGCAUCAAAGUUUUCGCUGAUGCACCUUGUCCAGAUGUCCCACAGCCUAAGGUAGUGGUGGGGAGGCUCGUGUCCCUGCAGGUGGGAGGAAUAGACUGUUCUAAAACAAGACAGAAAAACACAACACCCUUAGGUCCAUCUGCAGAGCAGGGAACAGAGCCUGUCCACCUGGACCACCAGCAGUUUGAGGAGGAGGAAGAGGAGCUGGAGGACAUCUGGAAUCAGACGACUAACUACAGACAGAGCAUCUGCUCAGAUAUCAUGUACCAGCCCAGCCAGGACGAGUCCGUACCCUCAGACCAACCCGACGUUCCUCAUUCUCGCGUGCCUUCACCCAAGACCCCGGAUGUGCUCUACAGGAACCUGGUCACCGCCUCUGCGCCCAACCUCCUUGUGGCCGAGUUCAGGCUGCCGUCCCACAUUCAGAGCCUGCUGGGCUACGACAAGGAGCACAGGGCCAAAGUUCACCUCCCUCCACUGGCCUCAGGAGACAGGAGGUCCUGGGCGGCGUUUCCGAACACGGAACCAGCCAGCAAGACCACGUCAGUGACAGUGAACGAGACGGCGUCCGAUCCCAUGAAGCUGCCGGACGUGGGCGACAAUCAGAGAUACAUUUAUCAAUACAGAGAGGAUGAGGAGGAGAAAGAGGAAGGGAAGGUGGAGGAGGCAAACGUGAGGAAGGAGGCAGAUGAGCACACAGGUGGUUCGAAGGACCAGUCAAUGAGUCUGCUGUCGGUUCACAUGGAUUUAGACGGGGCCGGUCGGCACAGACAAUCCUCUCAAUGCCUCGAGGACAUGGAGAAGCAGGACCAACUGAUGGCCACGGGAGGGCGCUGUUUCACCCUGAGCGGGAAGCCGGACCUGCAGUUGAUGGAGGGAACGCUGGAGAGGAAGCACAAGCUGCAGCUGGGAGGAAAGAAAGCAGCCUCCAGAGGUUGGAGCUCCUACCACGCCGUCUUACAUCGACACACCUUGUGUUUCUACCAGGAUAGAAAGGAUACACUGAGGAGCUCUGCAUGUGGCCUCCCGCUGAACCUCCUGGGCGCCGAGUGUUCACCUGCGCCCGAGUACACCAAGAAACCCAACUGCUUCAGACUACAGCCUCGCGACGGGUCUGAAUAUCUGCUCAAUGCCCCCUCACGCUUCAUGAUGAAGAAGUGGAUGAUGAAAAUACAGGCAAACACCGGUCAGAGCGAGUCUGUGUCUGCAAUAUCAAGUGUCCCUGUCGAUCAAGGCCUCCCCGUUUCCUUAAAUCCCCUGCUCUGCUCCGGCUGUCACGGCCUGGCCAAAUGCCACUGCUCCUCCCGCCAUGAUGUCACCUCCACGUUCCCCAGGCGCAAGCCACCGGGCGCCGCCCAAACCAAAGAGAUCGUUGUCCUCACCAGAGAGUUCAGUCAAAUGCCACCGAGUCCUUUAAGGAGCCUGGACGAGCACCCGACUAUCUCAUCGUCACACGGAGGCUGCUGUGAUGAUGAUGAAGGCAGAGCGAAGCAGACGGUGACUCACAGACUGUCUGCAGCCUCCAGCGGUCUCACCUCCUCCUCCCCUCACUCCCCCGUGUUCAACAGCCAGGACUGGCUCAGCAACAAGCGCCGCUCCCACUCCUUCACAUCAGCCACCUACCAGAGGAUCAGGCCCCUGCUGCACCCAGCUGGAGGCCUGGAGAGAGGCUCCAACUACUGUGUGACCCUGGUGGUUGGAGACAAGUCGUCAGACGGCACGUCCACGUGCAGGAGCUCUGAGUCCUCGGUGCUGGCCGCGGCUGAGUGGCAGCCGGACGCCGGUCAGGACUCUGCUCUGACGAGCUACGCCAGCCUGCCGCGACCACGCAAUAAGUCCGUCUUCAAGAAGUUCUUUGGGAAAAGGGACCUCUGA